AAACAGCACUGGACGACUUCAGUUCUAAGUGAGAUAAUCCGGAGCUACUUCAAAGCAGCCAGGGCAACUGCAUUUAAUUUUUAGAGGCGUUUCCUGCAAAUUUUUAAAGAAACUGAGAAAUAACAUCAGAAGUAAUUAUGUUGUUCUGAAAAGUUCAUUUCUUUUUAAUUAUGGUUGCUUUGAGGUAGCAUCAUAGCAUAUCUGAUGGCAGCUUGCACGGAUACACUUGCAGUUGUCGAUUUGCCUGUACAGCGUGAAGAUUCUCCAACUGAAGAUGGGGAGCAUCUGCAGGACGAAGAUCUUCGAUCCUGGGAUAUCAAUGACGAAUCAGCGGAGGAAGAUGAUGAUAAAAAAGAGAACGCAUUCUUUCAAAAAGCGAUGAAAGUAUUCAAAGCAGUAGUUUACCUAUGUACAUUUUGCAUCAUAUUGGCAUGUGGAGUGGCUUCGAAAGGAACUAUUUUAUUCGUGACUUCAGUUAUUGCUAAAGAGGCACAAUUUCCUGCAUGUGAUGAUAAAAUAGGAUUAGAAAGAGACGAGAAAUAUGUGGUCAAAAUUUCGGAUGGUGAGAGAAGAAGCUGGAUAUGGUGUCUUCUGUUCAUACUUAUAAUACCUGAGAUACUCGCAUUUCUUCGCAGCAGCAAGAACUGCAUAUUUAAAAAAUUUGGAAAACCAAAAAUCUCAUCUUUUCUAACGGUUUUCAUCUCAGAAUCAUUACAUGUGAUUGGUCUAACUGUAAUGACUUUCGUCGUCUUACCUCAACUGCAUGUGCUGCAAGCUCUGUGUUUAACAAGUGGAGUUUGCGUGAUACCUGGCCUGUUGAAUUUGCUUUCCAACUGGAGCUCAGAAUGGGAUACAAAAUCAGGUUUAAGAAAAAUCUUGGACUUAGCUGCUUUCAUUGGCCAAGUAAGUGUUUUUAUGUGGGCUGCCAUGAACUCAAACAAGACAGAACUGUGGCUAGCAUCAGCAUGUUUAGUACUAAUUUCCUGCGCAUGGUGGGAAAAUUUCAUCAAUGAGAAUACUUCGAAUUGCCUAUGCAAGGUUAAAGAAGACAUCGAAAAAAGUAGAUAUUUCAUUUAUAUAUUUAUUUCCCUAUGGAAGAUCAUUUUCACAUUUUCAUUAGCUCUCAUUUGUCUAUUCUUCUUGAAUGAAAACGUGGAAAACUUCGUUGGGAAAUUUUUGGAUAGUUUUAGAGCACAUAAUGUGUCAGUACAUUGGACACCAGUCACGGAUUAUACUAUUCCUGAUCGAGUUACUCCUCCACCGCAAGUGCUAGUUCCCUCAUUAAAAUCUGAUCCUCGUUUUCCAGUAAUAAUAGCCACCAUCCAUGUCUUGACAUCAUAUUUAUGCUAUUCUUGUGGGAAGUUCGUUUGCAAAAUUCGUAUUCAAGAAUUCAGUUACGCCUUUCCUCUCUGCUUGACUGUUCCACUCACAUUUAGCUUAUUAAGCACAGCUUGUGUUGCCAAGAGUAAUUCUUCAUGUGCUUAUUCCAAAAUCACGCCCUACUUAUUUUGGAGUUGUCCGAAAGAAUCACUGACCCAUUACUUCACUGAAGAGGCUGGUUAUCUUUGGAUAUUUUGGUUGCUAUCCCAAGUUUGGAUCACGGUUCAUAUUUGGACACCAAGAUGCGAAAGAAUGGCCCCUACAAAUGAAUUAUUUGUAAAUCUCAUGUAUUGUACAGCUGUUAUUGAUCAAAGUUUAGCACUAAACAGAAGGAAAUACGAAAAGACUGAGCAGAAACAGGAAGCACCCAGAGCUGUGACUCGAAUCUUUGCAUGCGCAACUAUGUGGCACGAAACACCAGAGGAAAUGGAAUUGCUUUUGAAAUCAAUUAUGAGGUUAGAUGCUCACCAGUGUUGUCAGAAAACAAUUCAGGAAGGAUUAUCGAUAAAAAAUCCUGAUUAUUAUGAAUUAGAAGCUCACAUCUUUUUUGACGACGCAUUUGUUGUCAGUGAUGAAGAUGACACCAAAUUCACCAUCAAUAACUUUGUGAAGGAUCUCAUAGAAGCUGUAGAUACAGCUGCUAGUAAAGUUUACAAGAAAUGCACAAAGCCUGAUCCUCCUCUUAAAGUGCCUACCCCAUAUGGUGGCCGACUUAUGUGGCGUUUGCUCGGCGACAAUUUUCUAGUAGUUCACCUCAAAAAUAAAGACCUCAUCAGGCACAAGAAACGCUGGAGUCAGGUUAUGUAUAUGUACUAUCUACUGGGAUAUCAUCUGGAGAGUAUACAGCAUAUAGAGGAUAUAGACAGUAUCCGCAAAAAUACGUUUAUCUUAGCUUUGGACGGAGAUAUUGAUUUUAGACCUAACGCUGUUCAGCUGUUAGUGGAUCUGAUGAAUAAAAACCCAAAUUUAGGUGCAGCCUGUGGAAGAAUUCAUCCAGUUGGAACAGGUAUGAUGGUGUAUUACCAAAAGUUUGAGUAUGCCAUCGGACAUUGGCUACAGAAAGCAACAGAACAUAUGAUUGGAUGUGUGCUGUGUAGUCCUGGAUGUUUCUCUUUGUUUCGAGCAGAAGCUCUUAUAAAGAAAAAUACAAUUAGACGAUAUGCUACGAAAUCAAGAGAAGCCAUAGAAUUUGUACAAUUUGAUCAAGGAGAAGAUCGUUGGCUAUGCACCUUGCUGUUACAAAGAGGUUACAGAGUUGAAUACAGCGCAGCUUCAGAUGCCUAUACCCAUUGCCCAGAAACUUUCGCUGAGUUUUAUACACAGAGACGACGCUGGGCUCCUUCUACCAUGGCCAACAUUAUGGAUCUGCUUGUCAAUUACAAGAAGACUGUGAAAUGUAAUGACAAUAUAUCUAGACCUUAUAUCGGAUAUCAGGUCUUGCUAAUGGUUGGAACUAUUUUAGGACCAGGAACAAUAUUUCUGAUGCUUGUGGGAGCCAUGGUUUCAGCUUUUGGAAUAUACAAUUGGCAUUCCCUCAUCGCUAAUUUUAUACCAAUCAUUCUCUUCAUUGUGAUUUGCUUCUACGCUAAGAAUGACACACAAAUCAUGAUGGCUCAAAUUUUUAGUGCUCUCUACGCACUUCUCAUGAUGGCAGUUUUGGUUGGAGUUGCCCUUCAGAUAGUGAUGGAUGGCAUCACAUCGCCAUCAGCUAUCUUUAUCCUUUCGAUGACAGGGACCUUUCUCACUGCUGCACUUGUGCAUCCUCAAGAGUUUUGGUGCGUCGCUCAUGGACUAUUGUACUUCUUGAGCGUUCCUUCUAUGUACCUGCUUCUUGCUUUGUACUCCAUCAUCAAUUUGCAUGUUGUGUCGUGGGGCACAAGAGAAGUCCAGACAAAGAAAACUAAAAAACAGCUGGAAAAUGAACGCUUACAAGCACAAGUAUUACUCGCACAACCAUCAAAAAAGAAGGGUGGCUUGUUUGACUGGCUGAACAACUUUGGUAGCAAGGGACAAGAGGAAGAAGAAGGAAGUAUAUCCUUCGGAUUUGCCAACUUGUUCCGUUGUAUGUGCUGUACUUACCCUAAACCAGAGCCAUCGAAUCUACAUAUGGUGAAAAUUGAAGCUCAUCUGGAAAAGAUGAAUGACAGCAUCCGUCAUCUCCAAAGACAAAUUGAUUCUUCUGUGGUUCGAGUGCCAGGAUUCCGGCGAAGGUCAUCCAUCCAUGGUAUGAAACAAGACUUGGAUGCAGUACAAGAAGAUGAAUCUGACGAGGAAGGUGAUGCUGAACUACAAGAACAAGAAACUGAUGUGCCCGAAGAGCAUACCAACAAUCAAACGGACAAUAAUGAAUACUGGCUGUAUGAUAAAGCACUCAAGAAAAGCACAGUGAAGAGAUUAUCGGAUGAAGAAAAGCAAUUCUGGUCAGAGCUCAUAAAUACUUACCUUUACCCCCUGGCAGAUGAUCCAGAAGAAAAAGCUAAAGUAUCCAGGCAGCUCAUCGAUCUCCGAAACAAAGUUGUAUUUGGAAUUCUAAUGCUUAAUUCUUUGUACAUCCUUAUUGUUUUCUUGUUACAGAUGCAAAAAGAAACUUUGCAUAUUAAAUGGCCACUUACGACCAGUGGCAAAGCGAAUAUCACUUAUAUUCCAGCAUUCCAAGAAAUUAGGAUUGAUGAAGAAUACCUUCAGCUGGAGCCUAUAAAUCUCGUAUUUGUCUUCUUUUUUACUUUAAUUUUAAUCAUUCAAUUUAUUGGAAUGCUGUUUCACAGACUAGAAACAAUGUCUCAUAUAUUGGCCUCAACAAAUUUGUUGGAUUUGCCUUCCGGAGAUGUUGAGGAAAUUACACUUUCGGAAAUAACUGAUUUACUAAAGAAACAAGGUUUAAAGGAUGAUGAAAUUGUUGAAAAUGUUCUUGACGCUGCUCCAGACAGACGCAGACGAUUUACUUCUCAAUACCUAGACGUACCCCAACGAGAAAAACUAAAGUUCAGAUCUCUGAGUUUUGCUCUUGAACAUGAUUUGCAAAAGAUUCUCGACAAAGAUCCUAAAUUCACAAACAAAGUGAGAAGACUGAGCAAAAACCCUGAAGCUCUUGAAGCUUUAAAGAGGAGAACUUCCUGCCAUCAAUUUAAUUUUCCUAUGAGAAUGGGCACUCCUCAGUUAUCUAUGCGUCAUCAAGUGGCUAUAUUAGACAAAGCAUUUGGGACACCAAGCAGCAGUCUACGUUCCUCUUACAUUAAUCCUACUUUUGAAGAUAUUUCUGACACUGAGAGUGUUAAUAGCAUACAAAAGAUUGUACCUUCCUCUCGAAGUCCCAUUUUUAAAGCCAAAACAGGUAAUGCUGACUUGCCAUCCACGCCAAAUCUUUCAUCUCUACAAAGAAAAGUUAAUAAAGUAAAAACACUUCAGGAAGAGCAAAAUAAGUGAGAAUCAGGUUCAAGUUUAAUAUCAUUCUCAAAAUUUUUCCAGUUAUCAAACAGAUAAAAUAAAGAAGUGCCAAAUAGCUAAAAUUGAAGAUCUUUGAACUAGAAUAAUGACACAACUAUUUAGUGAAAGUAGUUUAAAAGAAUUGAGAAAAAUUGCUUCCUUUACAUGAAACACUCAAUUACAGCUGAAACUGAAUGCAAGCGUUAAAUUUCUUAAGAAUAAAAUCCUCAGACACCUACACAUUGAGAUGUGAGAAAUUUCGCAUACAGUUAUAACUUUAUUUGAAGCUUGAGUUGUUAAUUACAAUUUAUAUUAUUAUUCUAUGAUUAAAAUUCAUUUUAUGUAAGCAUUAUGGCUGUAAAUACUUUUUUGCAUGGUGUUUAUGGUAUGACACACAGCAAAAUGAAGGUGUAAAAUAAUAUUUGCUGAUCAUAAUCAGUAUUAUGGUAGUUAGCAAUAAUUCUUACAAUUAUUUUUGUAAAUGCUAUACGGUUUUCUCAGCUUUUAUGAAUAUUUUAAAAAUUUUUAUUCAUUUACUACAAACUUCAAACAAAUCCAUGAAUUUCAAAUUUUAUAUAUUUUAUAAUUAUUACAUUAUUUUCACACUUCAAUUUUAAUUUUGGCUUCCUUAGAACAUUUGGUAGCUGGAAACAUGAAAGCUCAUUAAACAACAUUAAGUUGUCUACUAAAAUGCUAAAUGAUCCUUUCUUAAAUCUUGAAAGAUAUUAUAAAUACUACAUUAAAGUAAGAAUAAUCUGUGUAUGUAUAAUAUGAAACUGUAUAAAAUAUGAAACAUCAUUCACCCAUAUGGAAAUCAUACUCUCACGUAACAAUGUUAUUAACAAGUAAGAAUUUUACUAAUAUAUAAAUCACAAUUAAAAAAUACAUAUGUUAUUUUCAUUAUGUGACAGUUAUUUAAGCCACUAUUUUGUAUCUGGUAAACUUUUUUAUUUUAUUUAUGUGGUGUAUUUUAUCUUAUUUAUUUACUUUGUUUUACUUCUGUUUAUGGAAAGUUCUUGGAUGCAAUUUUUAUAAAAUGUUUAUUGUAAGUCCUAAUCGAUAAAAUAGACUGAUUUUCCUCAUAAAUUUUGUAUUCUUUCCCUGCAAUAAAAUUACUUCACUAA